GAUAUUCACUGUCAAGAAGGCUGCGGAAAGGCACAAGCAAUCAACUCACACAAAGAUUGUUCUUUGUAUUCAUAGAUGUUAGUGCAUUUAAGUGUAUUGGAUGGUAGGUGCGUACUGAAGUGAACUAGUGAACAUAAAGUACAGUUUCUGGCCAACUAUUUAAUUUAUUUUUCGAUAAGAAAAAUUAUAUCAUAAUCGUCAGUUUCAUAAUCAAAAUAUAAACAUUAUAAGUGGUAUAUUGAAUUGAAUUAUUGCAACUUUGAUAAAUCUUACAAAAAAAAAAGAAAAGAGAAAACAAAUCAACACAGAUCUUAUAGCAACCAGUCGCGAUUUGACGCGAUCAUGCAAUUUAACUAUAAAGAAGAACAUCCGUUUGAAAAACGAAAGGCUGAAGGAGAAAAAAUUCGACGAAAAUAUCCUGAUAGAGUCCCUGUCAUCGUUGAGAAAGCUCCAAAAGCUAAGAUUAGUGACCUUGACAAGCAAAAAUAUCUCGUUCCAUCAGACCUUACGGUAGGUCAGUUUUACUUCCUAAUUCGUAAACGCAUUCAUUUGCGUUCUGAGGAUGCUCUCUUCUUCUUUGUUAACAACAUUAUUCCACCCACAAGUGCUACCAUGGGAUCACUCUACCAGGAGCAUCAUGAGGAGGAUUGCUUCCUUUAUAUAGCUUACAGCGACGAGAAUGUCUACGGUCAUUGAGUAACAUUAUUUGGUGUCAGAAUAUCUUCAUAGAACAUAGAAAGUUAAUAAUAUAAUUAAAAAAUUAACAGAAAAUCACAUUGGCAAUGUCAAAAAAUAAAUUUGGAUAAUAAGUAGCAAGAAUCCGUACUGUUUCUUGAUGUCAUGCUAAAAAUCACCGAUCACGUAAAAAUUAUUAUUAUAAAUUUUUUAUUUUUUGUCCCAUUAAUCUUGGAUCUAUGUGUAAUAAGUUCGAUGAAAUAUGUACAUGAAUUAAAUUGAUUAGACAAAACUGUCGAGUGUGUGAUGAAUUUGUAAUGAUUUUCUGACCUUUAAAGUUGAUUAAAUAAUUAUAUUAGGUUUAAAAUACUUUUCUGUUAUAAUAUAAUCAAUAUUUUCUGAUUAUUUUACAUUAAAUUUCAAAUUAAAAGAAUAUAAAUAAUUUUGUUAGAAAAUUAUAAAUUUUUUAAAUAGAAAUUAUUUUUCAUCACAAUGACUCAAUUGUACUAUCAAUUUCUAUGAUAAUUGUUUUAUUUUUAUAUUGAGUACUCAUUACUCAUUGGACGAAGAUUAUUUUAUAAAUAUAAUUUAUAUUAUCCAAUAAGUAUUCAUAAAGAACAAAAGUCGUUGAAUUUGAAAUAGUAUUAAUUAUUAACCAACAACAAAUGUUAAUAAAUAAUUGAAAUUAUUUUCUCAGUUUGAAUUGAUAUUUUUUUGGUUCAAAUUCAUGUAACUGAUAUUAACAAUGUUAUUUUAUCAUUACUAUUGACAUUAUUAACUGAGCACUUGCUGGUAAAAAUGAAAAAUAAAAGAAAAGAAGAUAAUGUAAAAAAGUCGAUGAAAAAUACAUUAAUUAGAGCUUUGCUGUGGUAGGCAUGCUGUUGUAAAUGCAAAAUAAAAAAGUAAAAAUAAAU